AUAACAAACGGUUAUAUGACUCUUAAAAAGUAACUGCAAAUAUCUUUACAGAAAAGGCACCUACGAUGGCCAUUUUAUUUAGUACGUGUAAACUGAAGACCAUCAGCGUUCUUAAAAACUUUGCUUCAUGCUCUGCAUUUCAUUCUUCCUCUUCAAAACCCCCAAGGUUAAGCUCGCUUUCUUUCUCCAGUCCACAAAAUAUACAUUUCCCUAGGCAAAAUAUUUGCUCUCAUUACUACAAAGGUUUUUUAAGUACGUUUUUUGGCGAGGGUUUAAGUUGCAGAAGAACGGUUUUCAUUUGCGCUGGUUUGCCGGAGAGAGAGAAAAUGGAGCAGCAAUUUGAGGAGUUUAGGCAGCAAUUGGAAGAGUCUGGAAGCGUGAGAGAGCGCCUGCGCGUCAUUGUUGCUGACCUCGAAUCCGUCUCUCGCCUUAUGCAGGCCAACCUCCUCCAAGUACAUUAUGCCGCAAACUCUCAAGAGGUUCUUGAGAAGUCAAAAGUCCACAUUGAAAAACUAAAGGAGCUUUAUGCUCAGCUUGCUGAGGUCAUCAAGGGAUGCCCAGGUCAAUAUUAUAGGUAUCAUGAUCAUUGGAGAAACCAAACAUAUAAUGUGGUGUUUUUGAUUGUUUUUCUGCAUUGGUUGGAGACAAGCAAUCUGCUUUCCUACGUUGAAACACAAAAUCUACUUGGAUUGAACUCAGAGGAAUUUGGCAUUGACAUUGAAGAUUAUCUCAUUGGUUUGUGCAACAUGUCCAAUGAGCUGCCCAGGUACGUGGUGAAUCAGGUAACUAUGGGGGAUUAUGAGUGCCCAGGAAGAGUUUCCAGGUUUCUAAGCGAAUUGUAUGCCGCCUUUCGUAUACUGAAUCUUCGAAAUGACCUCCUGCGUAAAAGAUUUGAUGGGAUGAAGUACGAUCUCAGGAAAGUUGAAGAGGUUCUUUAUGAUGUUAAGAUAAGAAGACUUGAUUCAUCAGACUCAGCAAUAGAAUCAAAGCCAGAUACCUCGUGAUAUCAACAAGUGGCUUAUUGAGAAGGCAAAGUGCCAGCCAGCGGUUAAGGUGUUCAGUUACACAAAGGGCACCUUCAUGCAAUGCAGAAGGAAUUGGCAUAUCAACUUAGGGCUUCUUAUCCUAAACUAAGUUACAUUUAAUGACUUAACAAUACGAGGUACUUGAGAUGACACAUAUCAACUUAGGGCUUCUUAUCCUAAGCUAAGUUGCAUUUAAUGACUUAACAGUACGAGGUACUUGAGGUGAUACAAUACUAUAGAAAAUAUAUAGGUGUAUUUGGUCACAUGUACAUUAUACGCUUUGUAACCAUUACAUCUCAAUCUUAAUAUCUCAGAUACUAUUUUGACUAA